GAGAGAUCUGGCAACCCUGGUCAAAGGAGUCUUCCGCCAGAAUAUUGCGGGAAAAUUGAGCUCCCAACAAGCUGAAGAAGAUUAGCUUUAGCUUUAGCUGUGACUGCACUGUUUUGAUUCAGCAGCGUUAGACGAGGAGACGCUAUGCGGACAUUAGAGGAGGUUCAGGCCACGCUACACAUUGCCAAGCUGAAGGAGGAGGAUUUGCACCCUGUAACACACUGCCUGGCAUUCAGCGACACUGUUUCCUCUGGAGAUUACUGCCUCAUGGAACUGGACGAUACACUCUGUAAACACAUUGAAGCAGGAAAGAGUCUCACAAUCAGAGGUGACAAAGACGAGCACGCGGUCCUAUGCAGUGAAGACAAGACCUAUGACUUGAAAAUAGCAGACACGUCCAAUUUGCUGCUGUUUGUACCCGGAUGUAGGACUCCAGAGCAGCUCUCUGACAGCGCAUCAGAUCCUGAAAUAAUCCACGCCCAGAUCUGGGGUUACGCUAACAGUUACUGGGAGCUGAGAUGCCAACGACCAAAGUUAAAGAAACUCAAGAAGCUGCUUAUGGAGAACCCAUAUGACGGCCCACCGAUCGGUGCACAGGAAGAGUCUCCACAGCUCAUCAAGUAUACUAUGGAGGACCUUCUAGAGAGAAUCCAAGGAAGCCAAGAGGAGAUUGAGGCCUACCUUCAAGGAAUUCAUGCAUGUAAAAUUGAUGGAUACUGGCGGAUUUUGGAUUUUGAUUACGAGCUGAAGCUCCUGGGUCAUGUGACUCAACUGGUGGAUUCAGAGUCAUGGUCUUUCAGUAAAGUGCCUCUCAGUGUGUGUCUGGAGGAGCUGGCGCCUUUAGAGCCUAAAGAAAUGAUAGAGCACUGUCUCAACUGUUACGGAAGACGGUAUAACACCGAAGAUGGGGAGGUGAUGUAUGCGCUGGAUGAGGACAAAGUGUGCAGGGCCAUGGCUCAAAUGUUGCUGCAGAACGCUGUUAAGUUCAACCUGUCCGAGUUUCAGGAAGUGUGGCAGCAGAGCGUUCCUGAGGGCAUGAGCACAAGACUGGACCAGCUCAGCGGCUUAGCUCUGGUGGACUGCAGCACGAGGCCAGAGACCAUCUCACUGUUGCAAGUAGAGGACCUGCCUGAGGACACGCUGGAGCGCUUUAAUGCUCUCUUUGCUUUGAGGGAGAAGUGGACACAGCAGGACAUAGAGCCCUACAUACGGGAUCUGUGUGGAGAGAAGCAAACAACUGGAGCUCUGCUGACUAAACACGCCCGUUCCUCCAUGCAGAACGGGAUCAAGGUCUACAACUCAAGAAGACCAAUUGCAACAUGACAUGUAAUUUCACUUCUUUAUUUAACACUCAAAGUACAUUUUAAAAUGUUUGUUCCCUCUGUGUUUCUGCUUUUACAUAUAAUGUAUUGCCAACAAUUUGUUAAUAAAAUGUAUUAAACAGUA